AGGUAGAAAUUUUAUGCGCAGCGCAGAGAGGACUGACUCGCUUUUAUCUCAGAGAGGAGAGAGGGCGACAAAAGCCUCCGCUGCGAGAUCUCAACGCAAGCUCCCCUUAUGCACUUUGUUCUCUGAAUUUUCGUGUCUUUUUUUUGGUAUUUGGAUCUCCAAUUUCUUUCCAAACCAGUAAUUUUAACUCAAAAAUGUUCGCUGCAAAUUCCACAUAGUAAUUCAUUUUAUACCCAUCUGCUGAUUUUGCUAGAUCGAAAUCUAUCCCUAAACAAACCCAUUUAGUAUUUGUAUUGGAAGAUUUAUAGAUAGAGCUGAAAAGGUCGGAGAUUUUUAUUAUAGUAUGUGAUGGUAAUGGGUUCCGGCAAAGGAGCAACCUCUUCUUCUCAAAAUAUGGAUAUAUCAAUCCCAGAUCUUCAUGAGAGGUAUCAACAGGAGCUUGAAAAUCUGACACUGACGACACAGCCUUUCAAAACGAUGAAAUUUUUCAUUCUGGCUAUGAUUCAGUAUUUUAAGCAGUUGGUGAUUUACCUUUUGGCAAAAGGUGGUUGGUUAAUGCUUUUAAGCACUGUGGUGGUCUCACUUGGAAUUCUCCUUCUGACCAUUGAUGGCCCUCAUGAAAAGCAUAUUGAGGAACUUUCUCAUUAUUUGCGGUUUGGAUUGUGGUGGAUUGCCCUUGGUGUUGCAUCCUCAAUUGGUCUUGGAUCUGGUUUGCACACAUUUGUCCUCUAUCUGGGUCCACAUAUUGCCUUGUUCACAAUAAAAGCAAUGCAGUGUGGCCGAGUUGAUCUAAAAAAUGCCGUGUAUGAUACAAUACAGCUGAAAAGAGGUCCUUCAUGGCUUGAUAAAGAUUGCCAUGAAUUUGGAGACCCGGUGUUUCCAACAUCUCAUGGGUUGCGGGUUCCACUUAGUAGCAUAUUGCCACAGGUCCAGGUAGAAGCUGUUUUAUGGGGAUUGGGGACAGCAUUUGGAGAGCUUCCUCCUUAUUUUAUCUCAAGAGCAGCACGUAUAUCAGGUGGUAAAUUGGAUGCCAUGGAAGAAUUGAAUGCUUCCUCAUCCGAAGAUAAUGGAAUCAUGGCUACUUACCUCAAUACAAUCAAAUGCUGGCUUCUGUCUCAUUCUCAACAUUUGAACUUCUUCACAAUUUUAAUACUUGCUUCGGUGCCAAAUCCCUUAUUCGACCUCGCUGGCAUUAUGUGUGGACAGUUUGGGAUUUCAUUUUGGAAGUUUUUCCUUGCAACAUUGAUUGGGAAAGCAAUUGUGAAAACUCAUAUACAGACAAUUUUUAUUAUAUCUGUCUGUAACAAUCAACUCCUUGACUGGAUAGAGAAUGAGUUGAUCUGGGUACUCAGCUUUGUGCCCGGUUUGGAUUCUGUCCUGCCCAGCGUCAUAGCCAAACUGCAUUCAGUUAAAGAAAAAUAUAUGGCACCUGCACCACCCCUACCCUCAAAUAACAAGGUGAAAAAAUGGGAUUUCUCUUUUGCUGCAGUGUGGAACACCAUUGUGUGGCUCAUGCUCGUGAACUUCUUUUUCAAGAUUGUGACUGCAACUGCACAGGAGUAUUUGAAAAAGCAGCAGGAGAAGGAGCUAGCUGAAUUGACAAAUAAUGUGUCUUCUUCAACACAUUCAGAUUAGAAUCUGACCAGAAGCAUCUUGAUAAACAGGCAACAUACCAACAUUGAAAGUUGCUUUUUCUUUCCUCGACUUUUUCUUUUUUCCUUACCUCAUUACAAUUAGAGUAUGACAGCUCUUUCCCAAGUCACUCCAAAAAUCUAUUUACAUGGGGAAAUCCCUGUUAGUAGCUUGUAUAGAAAUAGGAAGACUAAGUCCCGUCUCACAAAAAUUGGGGUAAACCAUUGUUUAGGGUACUUUUAUUGCCCAUUGUUAAGCAAAAUAGUGAAAUUGGGAAUGGAAGCGUAUUAGAAUUCUUUGGAAUACAAUACAUGUUAUUGAUCUUUA